AAAGGUUGGCCAGGUCCUCUUCAACCCCGCCGCCGAGAACAUCCUCGCGUCCGCGUCCGGCGACUUCACGAUCAAGCUGUGGGACAUUGGCACCGGCCAGUCCACCCACUCCUUGAAGCACAAUGACAUCGUGCAGAGUCUGUCCUGGAACGCCAGCGGCAGCCUGCUGGUCACGACCUCCCGCGACAAGAAGAUCCGCGUGUGGGAUGCGCGCGCCGAGAAGCCCGUCCACGAGGCGCCUGGCCACCCGGGCGCCAAGAACAGCAGAGCUGUGUGGAUGGGCGAGCACAACCGUUUCGCGACUUGCGGUUUCUCGAGAAUGAGCGAGCGUCAGAUCGCCCUGUGGGAGCCUGGCCGCAACGAGCCUAUUGGAGGAUUUACCAUGUUGGACUCCAUUUCGGGUGUCUGCAUGCCCUUCUGGGACGAGGGAUCCAACUGCCUGUACCUUGCUGGAAAGGGUGACGGCAACAUUCGUUACUUUGAGUACGAGAACGACAAGUUUGAGUUCCUUAGCGAGUACAAGUCUGCGGAGCCCCAAAGAGGAAUUGCCUUUGUUCCCAGACGUGGAAUUAACGUCCAUGAGAACGAGGUUAUGCGCGCUUACAAGACGGUCAACGACACUUACAUCGAGCCCAUCUCCUUCACUGUCCCCCGCAGAGCCGAAACCUUCCAGUCCGACAUCUUCCCUCCUGCCACCGGCCUCAAGCCUGCUGUCAGCGCCAAGGAGUGGCUUGAGGGCAAGGACGGCAUCCCCAACAAGAUCGACCUCGAGAGCGUGUACGAGGGAACCGCGCCGAAGGAGGUCGUCGCCGACUACAAGCCCCCUACGAUCGCCUCCGCCCCCACGCCGGCCGCCAAGCCUGCGCCGAAGCCCGCUCCCGCCCCCGCGCCGGAGCCUGCGCCCGUCUCGCGCUCGCCGCCUCCGUCGAUGAAGGACCAGGGUGCGUCCAUGGCCAACAUGGCGUCCAAGUUCAAGGAUGACGAGCCCGCCGAGCCGGAGGUGGAAGACGACAACUCGAGCUUCGAGGAGGUGCAGAGACCAGCUCAGCGCGCCGCGCCCGCUGCUGCUACCCCUGCCCGUGUCGAGCACGCCACCAAGAUCCCCUCUCCCAUCAAGCCCGACUCCCCUGCCUUCAAGUCCCCCGCCAGCACAUCGCAACCGUCCCCCAUCAAGCAGGCUGCCCCCUCUCCCAGCUCCUCGGGCCAUAUCGAGUCCUCAUUGGACCAGAUCCGACAGAUGCUGGAGCAGCAGACCAAGCUCAUCGGCAAGCAGAACGACAAGAUUAGUCAGCUGUCGGCCGAGGUGGAGGGUCUGAAGCGCAAGGUGAACGCGGGUGGAUCUCAGGACCAGAGCGAGAGGAUCAGACAGCUGGAGCUGGAGCUCGAAGCCGCGCGGUCUUAG